AUGGCGCUUCCGAUUUCGCGCCCCAAGCUGCCCGUGGCAGUCAACAAGCCCACGCCGUACAACUUCGACCUCGGCCUGCUGCUGGCCAACGACCCCAACCCCCUCGAGCUCGACAAGUCCGCGAUCGAGGAGUCCCUGGCCGCGACGGCGCGCGACGGCGCCCAGGCCCUCAUCAACCAGCUCCUGACGACCUGCCCGCUGCAGAGCAGCUCCGACGGCGUCCUCCUGACGCUCCCGGAGCCCUCGACGGAGCUGCCGCGCGAGAAGCCGGUCCCCAAGGCCAAGGAGCCGACCAAGUGGGAGCGGUUCGCGGCCAAGCGCGGCAUCAAGCCCAAGACGCGCGAGCAGCGCAAGAACCUGGUCUUCGACGAGGACACCAAGGAGUGGAAGCGCAAGUGGGGAUACAAGGGCAUGAACAAGAAGGGCGAGGACGACUGGGUGACGGAGGUCGACCCCGUCAAGGAGAUGAACCGCGCCGAGGGGACGACGAUCCAGGGCGACAAGCGCAGGGAAAGAAAGGAGAGGAUCAAGCGCAACGAGAGGAAGAUGAGGAAGAACCAGCGCGAGGCGGGUGGCAAGCGGUAG